GAACAAACAAGAUUAGAAGUUUCUGCGUUCAUUUUGUGUAACUUGAUUUCAACCAUAACCCAUCCAACACUCCUCAAAAUACCAAAUUCUCUCUCUCUGCAGGUUCAACUUCAGCACCCAAUUACCCUCUAAAAACCCUUUCUCUAGAUCUCUACCAAAACAAUUCUCUCUCUAAUUUCCAUUUCUCAAAACAAGAGAAAACCCUAACCCUUUUUUGUAACACCUUCUAGCUUCCUACCUCUCUCUCUGUAUCAUACCCUGAAAACUCUCAUUUUUCAUCUCACUGGUUUAGAUUUCGUAACAAUUUCGGCACAUUUUCUCCCGAUAUUAUUAGGUUAGUUUUGUUGUUUUUUCCUUUUUGCGGUGUAAGUUUUUAGGGUUUUGAAUCGGUGAAAUGAACAACAAUAGAGCGAGGUACCCACCUGGAAUGGGUAUUGGACGACCGGGUUUUAACCCGAACCCGAAUCCAAAUCCGAAUCACCCUUUUCAGGCAAGGCCACCGUACCAGCAACAACCGCACCAACAGCAAUAUGUGCAGAGGCAUUUGGUGCAACAGCCACAACAACAACAACAGUGGCUGAGGAGGGACUCCAACGUUGUUGACGAGGUCGAGAAGACCGUGCAGUCUGAAGCCGUUGACCCAAGUUCACAAGAUUGGAAAGCAAGACUAAAGAUUCCACCACCUGAUACGCGCUAUAGGACAGAGGAUGUAACAGCAACUAAAGGAAAUGAAUUUGAGGAUUACUUUUUGAAGCGUGAGCUUCUCAUGGGAAUAUAUGAGAAGGGUUUUGAAAGGCCUUCCCCCAUCCAAGAAGAAAGCAUUCCAAUUGCUCUUACUGGUAGUGACAUUCUUGCUAGGGCCAAAAAUGGAACUGGCAAAACAGCUGCAUUUUGCAUUCCUGCAUUGGAAAAAAUUGAUCAGGACAAUAAUGUUAUUCAAGUUGUUAUUCUGGUCCCAACCCGAGAAUUGGCUUUGCAAACAUCUCAAGUGUGCAAAGAGCUUGGGAAGCAUUUGAAAAUUCAAGUUAUGGUUACCACAGGUGGUACCAGCCUAAAAGAUGAUAUUAUGCGCUUAUAUCAACCAGUUCAUUUACUAGUUGGAACUCCAGGAAGAAUAUUAGAUCUUGCUAAGAAGGGUGUUUGUAUUUUGAAAGAUUGCUCUAUGCUUGUCAUGGAUGAGGCUGAUAAGCUUCUGUCCCCAGAGUUCCAACCUUCUGUAGAGCAGUUGAUUCAUUUUCUUCCUAGAACCCGUCAAAUCCUGAUGUUUUCAGCUACAUUUCCUGUCACUGUAAAGGACUUCAAAGAUAGGUAUCUUCAGAAACCUUAUGUCAUCAACCUUAUGGAUGAGCUAACUCUGAAGGUGAAUCGGGUUGAACUCCUUGCAAAGAAAAUCACAGAACUUGGGUAUUCAUGUUUCUAUAUACAUGCAAAGAUGUUGCAAGAUCAUCGUAAUAGAGUAUUUCAUGACUUCCGGAAUGGUGCAUGUCGAAAUCUUGUUUGUACUGAUCUUUUUACUAGGGGAAUAGACAUUCAAGCAGUUAAUGUUGUUAUUAAUUUUGAUUUCCCGAAGAACUCAGAGACUUAUUUGCAUAGGGUUGGUCGAUCAGGGAGGUUUGGGCACCUUGGUUUAGCAGUGAACCUGAUUACCUAUGAGGAUCGCUUUAAUUUAUAUAGGAUUGAACAAGAACUUGGAACUGAAAUAAAGCAAAUUCCUCCGCACAUUGAUCAGGCAAUUUAUUGCCGGUGAUUGGCAGUAAAUACCAGGGUUAUGUUGACAACUGGCUAAUAGCCACGGUUAAUGUGACUGACUGAAGCAAGUUCAUAUGCCCUGGCAUGCAAGAACGCACUAUGGAAAACAGGGUAUUGUUGAACCCUUUGUUGAGUGCCUUUUUCCAUUAUUAGGACCUUAAAAAUUUAAUACUGGCUUUUAACUGCCCAAUAGUUACUGGGUCCAGUUUGGGUUUCCGUUGAUUACAUUUGCAGAUUUGUUUGUCACAUGGUAUUAGUAUUUUAGUUUUAUAAUUGAAUGAAUGGUUUAGGGAUACUAUACCUUGUUAUGAAUAUGCCCCUUCCCCAUGCUUAUUAUUCUAUUUGGUCUGCCAGUAUAGGUUCUCUUAUAGAUGGUAGAUUCAUUUAGCUGUAGAAACCUCAACAUUUGCUGCUCAGAUUAUGCUAUAUGGUUCAUGGCGAUGCUGGUUUAUCUGCCAUUGCUUUUCGCCAGGAUUUUGAUGGCCUUUGCCGUUGAAGCCAAAGUAUGUGGAAUCCUCGUCAAUUUUUAAUUUCAUGAGGAUGCCCUUAGUCACUGAAUUUCUGGUGGUCAUGGAAUUUUAUAUACGUAUGAAGUGGCUUUGAUAGAUUGUAAGACAUUUCCAAGCGCAGCUUUAUACUAUUCAAUUUUUCAUAAACAGGAAAAUCCUUUUCAGUUGGCCAUCAAUUCUUCUUUAGCUUUGCUGAGAAUGUUGGAUUUAUAUUCAAAUGUAAAAUUAUAAUAUCCGGUU